AUGCCUACACUGCUCCGACGGAACCUGACAUGCUUCUACUGCGGCAACAGGUCGUCCAAGAAGCAGGAUGGCAAAGUGCGACAAUGGCAGUGCGAGACGUGCCAAGCUGUCAACUAUCUCGACAAGAAUGGCCAGAUCACAGAUCCGCCCGCAAUCCAGACACCCACGGGAGCCCAGUUCGCGCAGCCAGUCCUCCGCUCCACAUCCCCCGAGCUCUCUGCUCCCGCCGACAACCUCUUCUGCUCGACCUGCCUCAAGAACCAGCACAUCCUCACCACAGCGCUCGCGUCGUACCUGCCUCCGCCGUCAGAUCCACGCUACCGCGAGUUCGAAGACGCGGCGGCAGAGUACAGGAACAAGCUCGAGAGACGCUAUCCGCAGGUAUGCGCUGACUGCGCCCCGCGCGUCGAGAGGAGAAUUCGCGCCGCGGGCUAUGCGGCGAAGACGGACCAUCUGCGGCGGAUGAUGGCGAAGACGCAGGGAGGGGGGGCACGUGUAGGCAAGAGGAAGCUCAGCUGGAGGGAUGUUGUGCUCCUGCUGGCUGGGUUGGCCUGGUGGACUAGCCUGGCGGGCCAGCUGGCAUGGGACCUGCUCGGCGCGCUGGUCAGUCUGAACAGAGACGUCGGACUGCGGCCGGAGGAGAGCUGGGUGGAUGUUGCGGCUUGUGUCUGGCAGGCUGUGCGGUACAAAGAGGUGGAGCGGAGCUGCUUUACGUGGUCGACGUAUCAUGCCCGGGUCGCGCUUGUCUUUGGGAUUGCUUCCUGCUGGUGGAACAACAAGCUGCGAACGAAGCUGCACGAGCCGUCCGGGCGACUGAUCGGUCUGGGGGAGCAUUUGAGACUGCAAGCCGCUGUACUUGUGGUUAGGGCGAUAAGCGUCUGGAUGCUCCACGAGCCCGAAGGUGCCAAACUAUCGCUGGCCAUGUUCCAGGCUGCUCACCUGUUCAUGGUGGUCUUUAUGCUCUUGACCACCUUCGUCUCUACUCGCCUUGUAAAGAUCGACCACACACCCCUCGUGUCCUUCCAAGACUCCGUCGGGCCUCUCCUCCCUGAGCAGCAGCAGCCCGUCGAUGACUCAUCCGCAGACCCGUUGGACCUGUUCUCCGCCCUCCCAGACGCCUCGAAGACACCUCUCAAGCAAUCCUCAGCGUACAUCAAGCCCUUCCCCAUCAACAACCUUGUGGGCCCGAAAUCCUCAUCCCAAAUCCUCGACUCCCUGGCCACGCCCUUGACAGCACGACGCAGCUCAGCCCACUCAAUCGCGUCCACAGUCACCGCCACGGAAACCGACUACGACCCCGACAACGCCAUGGAAUGGACGCCCACGAAGCCCUCGGAUUUCGGUUCCUCCUUCAGCUCUUCUUUCAGUUUCCCUUCGGAGCCGCAACGAAAACCGCUCUUUCAGCCCUCCAAGCCCGGUCAGCUUUCCGCCCUAGACGCAGCCAGGAACACCACCACGAUUCAGAGCCCCUUCCAUGGCACCCUCCCUCCCGCGCCCCUUGCUCCCGCCCACAAACUCCGGAAUCCGCCAAAACACAACGUCUUCCGACAGACGCCGCUGUCGAAGCAGCGCGACUUCUUCAGCAGGAUGAUGCUCGGGAAACCCGCCUCCUCCUCCAAUGACACAGCCGCCGAAGACGACGAGGCUGGGACGGCGCGCAAGAACCCAUUUGACCUCCCACCGGCUGUCACGGGCCGCAGACCGGGCACUGCAGAGCUGGCGGAGGGGAAGUUGAGGAUCAGGGAAGAGGUGCCGGAUACGGGGUUGGAGGGGCUGUUUAGUAGUGUUUUCUCGCUUGGGGAGGUGCCGGAGCCAAGGGUGGGGGGUGUGGCGGUGGGGGAGCGGGGGGAUAUCGAACAAAUGGGGCAGAGGGGGAGCAAAUGGGCCGUCCCGAUCGUUGUGGCGGUUGCGGUGGCUGCUUUGGGUGUUGUAGGGAGUGUAGGGAAGGAAUGGUGGAGGGCGAGGGGACGGGGUGAUGGAUUAGACGUUGGGCUUUAA